GACGGUCACGCGUGCCACUGCGGCGUUUGCUUGGAGAUAAAGGAAGGCUCAUCCGAUCUCCUCGUACGCCACCGCGCUAACAGAGCGCGUCGCCUCCAAACAAUCCCCUUCUAUAUAUAAACAUCCGCGGCAGAAAGGCGCUCCCCGCUGUGAUCUCUGUCGCUUUCGUCUUCGUCGUUCCGGAAUCGUGAACGAUUGAUCUCCGAGAAACGUCAUCUCAGUAAAGAAAAUGGGAGGUGGGAAGGAUAAGCCUGAUGGCUCAGACACCAGUGACAAAGGGUUUUUAUCAAACAUUGCAUAUGGGCUUGCUGGACAUCCACCAGGAUACCAUGCUGGAUAUCCAUAUGCCCCACCACCUGGCCAAUACCCACCACAAGGAUAUCCACCUGCGCCUGGCCCAUAUCCUCCACAUGGUUACCCCCCACAUGGUUACCCCCCAGCAGGGUAUCCCCCUCAUGGAUACCCACCCUCUGGAUAUCCACCUGCUGGUGGAUACCCACCAUCAGGUUAUCCUGGUGCUAGUCCAUCUGCUCCCCCAUAUCAUGGUCAUGGAUCUAGUGGCAUGGGGGCACUAAUGGCUGGGGGUGCAGCUGCUGCUGCAGCUGCUUAUGGGGCUCACCAUAUGGCCCAUGGCUAUCAUCAUCUUGGCCAUGGGAUGUUCCAUGGGUACCAUCAUGGAAAGUUCAAGCAUGGCAAGUUCAAACAUGGGAAGCAUAUGAGGUUUGGGAAGCAUCGAAUGUUUGGAGGGAAGCAUCGAAUGUUUGGCAAGUUCAAGAAGUGGAAGUGAUUGUUGAGGUUCUUAGAUGGUUGACAUUGCUAGCUAUGCUUUAUAUUCUCCAAUGACUAUUGCAUAGAUUUCUGUUGACUCUGUUCGAGGGGACUUUGUGCUUGACUACCAUAUCAUCUGUAAACUCUAUCGAUGUAACCCGUACUUUGUACAGUUUCUAUUCCCAAUGGAUUUUCUUAAUGUUUUAUUUUUGUGAAAUCAAAGGCUGCAUGGUAUUAUUAAGGUAAA